AUGGGCACCCUCGUCGGCCACGUCGCGCCGGGCGCCGGCUUCCUCCUCAUCGGCCUGUGGCAGCUCUACAACCACAUCAGGCUCUUCCUGCUCAGGCCGAGCUCCUACGUCGCGCCCGUCUGGUUCCCUGUCCGGCGAGCCCGCUACCUCGAGCUCGCCCUCGUCAUCGCCGGCUCCGUCGCAUCCAUCCUCAUGGAGCUCGUCGUCGGCCCGGCGAGGCACCAGCCGUUCGACGUCGACGGCACCGUGCCCGCCGACCACCUCCACAACUUCGAGCACGCGUCCGUCUCGCUCGUGCUGCUCGUCUACGCCGCCGCCGCCAUCCACCUCGACCGGGCCCGCGCGCCGCGCGCGGGCGAGGUGUCGCUGCUCGUCGCCGCCGUGGCGUUCGCGCAGCAGCUGGUGCUGUUCCACCUCCACUCCGCGGACCACACGGGCGUGGAGGGGCAGUACCACCUGCUGCUGCAGGGCGUCGUGGCCGUCACGCUCGCGGCCACGGUGAUCGGCGUGGCUGCGCCGAGGAGCUUCGCGGUGAGCCUGGUGCGAUCGGCGAGCCUGGUGUUCCAGGGGGUGUGGUUCCUGGUCAUGGGCGUCAUGCUGUGGACGCCGGCUCUCCUGCCCAAGGGGUGCUUCCUGAGCCACGAGGACGGCCACGACGUCGCCCGGUGCCGCACCGACGAUGGCGGCGCCGCGCUCGCGCGCGCCAAGGCGCUCGUCAACCUGGAGUUCAGCUGGUACCUGUCCGGCACCGUCGUGCUCAUCGUCGCGCUCUACCUUCGGCUAUGCAGGCUGUACCGGGAGGAGCCGCGUUACGUGCCACUGGUCAGGAGAGAUGGCCGCGACGACGACGACGACGACGGCGGCGACAACGAUGUGGAGGCUGGGAAAGGUAACACCAGUCACGUCUUACGUAAGCCUUUGGAUAUCGUGAGGCCAUAAUAAGCGAUGUAAUAAUCUUCCAUAUCUCAGAAAAGUGUAUUAUUGGCUUGGUUAGGUCCAAUCCAAACAAAUUCUAGGAUGCUCAUGUGAAAUGUAAAUGUGAAGUAUAAAAAGUGAAGGGAGAAUGUGUAAACUAAUAUAUUGGAAGUUGCAUUGCUUGGCGACUUGUAAA